GGGGAGGAGGGGAGGGAGCGGAGGUUGCGCCGGGGAGGCCUCGGGCGGGCUGGGGCCUGGCUCUGGCCUGGGUUGGGGCCCCGGGUUUCUUCCGGCUUUCCAGCCCGGUCCUGCUCUUUGGGUUCCCUUAGGCGCGCAAAACUGGUCCUUUCUUUUUCUUCACGGGUCUGAGCGCCUUGCUCGCCACCCUUGCCUAUCCUUCGCUCGUUGUCUUGUGGGGCGCGGAAGGGAACGACCAGCCCUCGAACUGGGGCCGCGUCUCCCACUUCGCUCCAGUCCGAGCCUCAGUUUUCAUCUGGGUGAAAUGGGGUCAAGAAGGGACGCGGCCUCUCAGGGUGUUAGGGAAUUCAGGGAGGGAGUUAGUACACGGCAGAAGCGUUAAAUGCCAACAGGUAACGUUUGGUGAGACUGACCCAGGAACUUCGGAAUGUAUCGCCUAAUUAAUGUCCACACCGGUCUUCCAGAGUUGUCCCUACUCACAGGAGCAGAAAUCGAGGUUCAGAGACGAGAAACCGCCGUAGAAGUACAAAGCUGUGAGCCCUAUUUCUAGAGACAGCUGCUGCUGACCCUGUAACCCAAAGGACAAAAUAGCUGGCUAAACUCAUUCUUGGUACUGGUGCACACCAUGUCCUUGAAGAUUCAGACCAGCAAUGUAACCAACAAGAAUGACCCUAAGUCCAUCAACUCUCGGGUCUUCAUUGGAAACCUAAACACAGCUGUAGUGAAGAAGUCAGAUGUGGAGACCAUCUUUUCCAAAUAUGGCCGUGUGGCUGGCUGUUCUGUGCACAAAGGUUAUGCUUUUGUCCAGUAUGCCAAUGAGCGCCAUGCCCGAGCAGCUGUGCUGGGAGAGAAUGGGCGGGUGCUGGCUGGACAGACCCUGGACAUCAACAUGGCUGGAGAGCCCAAGCCUAAUAGACCCAAGGGGCUAAAGAGAGCAGCAACUGCCAUAUACAGCGGCUACAGCUUUGACUAUGAUUACUACCAAGACUACUACUGUGCCAGGCUGUUUGAUUAUCGAGGCCGACUUUCUCCAGUGCCUGUGCCCCGGGCAGUUCCCGUGAAGCGACCCCGUGUUACAGUCCCUUUGGUUCGCCGUGUCAAAACUACAAUACCUGUCAAGCUCUUUGCCCGUUCCACAGCUAUCUCUACUGGCUCAGCCAAGAUCAAGUUAAAGAGCAGUGAGCUACAGACCAUCAAAACGGAGCUGACACAGAUCAAGUCCAACAUUGAUGCCCUUUUGGGUCGCUUGGAGCAGAUUGCUGAGGAACAGAAGGCCAAUCCAGAUGGCAAGAAGAAGGGUGACAGCAGCAGUGGUGGAGGAGGGGGCAGCAGCAGUGGUGGAGGCGGCAGUGGCAAUGUUGGUAGUGGCGGCAGCGGUGGCAGUGGGAGCAGCAGCAGCCGGCCACCAGCACCCCAAGAAGACACAGCUUCUGAGGCAGGCACACCCCAAGGAGAAGUCCAAACUCGAGAUGAUGGUGAUGAGGAGGGACUGCUCACACAUAGCGAGGAGGAGCUGGAGCACAGCCAGGACACAGAUGCAGAAGAUGGGGCCUUGCAGUAAGCAGGAGCAUUGGCCAUCAGCAGAAGGGCAUCACUGUCUCAGGCCUCAAGCCAGGCACCCAUCUCUGGAUGCCAGUCUAGAGAGAGUACCAGAGGAAGGCUGGCAGCAGUAACUUCUCUCCCCAUUGCAUCCCAGCCAGUGAGUGCUACAUCCUUUGCAAGUGGAGUUACUGGCCUACCCUUAUCCCACGCACUCUUCCUGUCUGCACUGCCUGGGCCAAGGGGCAGAAGCACUCUGCUCUUUUUUUCCCAGGACAUUCCCAGGCUUGGGGUUUUUCUAUAGGUUUGAAAGUAAAGGGGGUUGUGAAGGGCGGCACGGGGGGUAGGGAGGGCUGACAAUAAAGAGAUUGGAUCCAAA